AAGCAUUCGCCUUCUUUCACCUUAGGUAUAUUGUCUUCUAUGCCUACCUACUUACUAGGUACCCAGUGUUUACCUUAGUAGCGUAUACCUUACCUAGUUGAUAAGCCGAUAUCUACCUAGGUACCAUGCAUCAUGGGGAACUUCUUGUCAAAUGAGUUUCCUGUAAAAGGUAGAGUAGUAGUGAUCACCGGAGGUUCGCGUGGUACCGGACUUGCAGCGGGUCGCAUACUUGCCGCGAAAGGGGCCAACGUCGUGAUUGUGGCUCGUAGACAAGACAAGUUACUUGAAGGAGUUCGUCAUAUCCAAAAAGGCGCAUUGAAUCCUGAAAUCCAGCGUUUUCAUCAAAUAAGCGCUGACUUGGCUUCACCAUCCGAGUCUAUACGUGUUAUUGAUGAAGUGCUAUUGUGGAACUCGGGCAAUCCACCAGAUAUCGUGUGGUGUUGCGCAGGUUCCUCACACCCAACACUGUUCAUAGAUACGCCUGUGUCGCAGUUCCAUUCAGAGAUGGACAACAAUUACUUCACAAGUAUGCAUAUGGCACAUGCGACUCUUAGGUGCUGGUUGAGAACAUCAAGACCAGAUGUAGGCAGUCCCUCUAUUGCCAUCAAUAAUUCAGCCACCCAGUCUAGCCGUGUAGUCCCUGCACGCCAUCUCAUUUUUACUGCCUCCUUUCUAGCAUUCUACAGUUUCGCCGGUUAUUCCCCAUACAGCCCGUCAAAAGCCGCUUUGCGCUCUCUUUCCGAUACACUAUCCCAAGAAAUGAACUUAUAUGCUGCGGCAUACCCAAAUGAACCACACGUCCGUGUUCACACUAUAUUCCCCGCAACAAUAUUUACCGAGUCUUAUGAAGCUGAGAACAUAAUCAAAUCCGAUCUCACGAAAAUGCUUGAAGAGGGUGAUGCCGGGCAAACGCCAGAGGUCGUUGCCGAAAAAAGUAUCAAGGCGUUAGAGAUUGGACAAGAGAUCAUCACAACAGAUAUCUUGUCAACAUUGGUGAAACGAAGCGUUCUGGGAGGUAGCAUACGAGGUGGUUUCUGGAUGGCAAUUGGAGAUUGGUUUCUCGCAUGCGCAUUGUCCAUUGUAAUGGUCUUUGUAAGACAUGAUAUGGAUCGAAGGGUUAGGAAGUGGGGGCGUAAAUUCGGUGCAUCGGGAAUGAAAAGCGGCCAUAAAAGAGCAUAAGUCUAUACUAUCACAUUUACGGGAAAAUAAUCAAGAGUUAUUGUCAGCCA